UUUUGUCACGUAUCACUCACCUGCGAAUCUCGAAUUCAUAUAAUGCCUACAUAUUCACAUAAUCAACUCUGCACGAUUGCAUUUUCGCAUUCAUGGCGUCUUGUCGAAUAUUUUUCUUUCUCACCUUGUUCUCGGUAUCAGUAUUAUUGUUCGGCCUAGCUCACUCAUCGACUCUCGGGGUCCGACACAUAUCUAAACUCGUGCGAAUUCAGGACAGCGAGCGAGCUUCUCCUUCAGUUCAACUUGAUGCAGUUCGUGCUGUUGUCAAACGUGUCUUCCCUUCACUCUCUUCUAGCUUCGAUUUUCAAAUCAUCUCCAAGGAACGAUGUGGCGGUGAAUCAUGCUUCACCUUAAGCAACCAUCCCACUUCCCAUAUACCCGGCACUCCUGCAAUUUUAAUAGGUGGGUUCACCGGGGUAGAGCUACUGUCUGGUCUGCACUGGUACUUGAAAUACUGGUGUGGAGCACAUAUAUCAUGGGACAAAACUGGAGGUAUCCAACUAGCUUCAGUUCCAAAUACUGGCUCCCUUCCUCGGAUUCAAGAUGCAGGAAUAUUGAUCAAGAGACCUGUCCCUUGGAAUUAUUACCAGAAUGCAGUUACAUCAAGCUAUUCGUUUGCUUGGUGGGACUGGGGAAGAUGGGAAAAGGAGAUCGAUUGGAUGGCUCUACAGGGUAUUAACUUGCCAUUAGCAUUUACCGGACAGGAGGCAAUUUGGCAAAAAGUUUUCCAGAAUUUCAAUAUAACUAGUUCCGAGUUGGAUGAUUUCUUUGGAGGCCCAGCUUUCCUUGCAUGGUCACGUAUGGGAAAUCUACAUAGAUGGGGUGGUCCAUUACCGCAGAGCUGGUUUGAUCAGCAGCUUAUAAUGCAGAAGAAAAUUCUGGCAAGAAUGUAUGAACUGGGGAUGACUCCAGUGCUUCCAGCCUUUUCUGGAAAUGUUCCUGCAGCAUUAAAAAGUGUAUUUCCCACUGCAAAGAUAGAACGUUUAGGAAAUUGGUUUACUGUGGGGAGUGAUCCUAGAUGGUGCUGCACUUAUCUUCUCGAUGCAACUGAUCCCUUGUUCAUUGAAAUUGGAAAAGCCUUCAUUAAGCAACAAUUGAAAGAUUAUGGACGGAGUGGUCACAUAUACAACUGUGAUACUUUUGACGAAAACACUCCCCCUGUAGACGACCCAGAGUACAUAUCUUCACUAGGUGCAGCAAUUUUUGAGGGAAUGCAAAGUGGAGAUGACAAAGCUGUUUGGUUAAUGCAGGGAUGGCUUUUUUCUUAUGACCCAUUCUGGAGGCCUCCACAAAUGAAGGCGCUUCUUCAUUCUGUUCCAGUAGGAAAGAUGGUUGUCCUUGACUUGUUUGCGGAAGUGUUACCAAUAUGGCCUACUUCAGAGCAGUUUUACGGUGUUCCCUACAUAUGGUGUAUGCUACACAACUUUGCUGCAAAUGUUGAAAUGUAUGGGGUGUUAGAUGCAGUAGGAUCUGGACCUGUUAAAGCUCGUAUGAGUGAAAACUCAACAAUGGUUGGUGUUGGAAUGUCAAUGGAAGGUAUUGAACAGAAUCCCAUAGUUUAUGAUCUUAUGUCUGAGAUGGCAUUUCAGCAUAAAACAAUUGAUGUCCAGACGUGGGUCAAUCUGUACUCAAAAAGACGGUAUGGGAAAUUUGUUCAAACCAUGCAAGAUUCCUGGAAUAUAUUGUAUCGCACAAUUUACAAUUGUACGGAUGGUGCUUAUGAUAAAAACAGAGAUGUCAUUGUGGCAUUCCCAGAUGUUGAUCCAUCUUUCAUCUCGAUAGCCCAGAUAUUUGCACCGCAGCAUCAAAAGUAUAGCAUGGUGUUAUCAAGAAGGGAUUCUUUGAAAGAUUUAACUGAUACUUUUGACCAGCCUCAUCUCUGGUACUCGACUUCAGAAGUGAUACGUGCUCUAGAACUUUUUAUUGCCAGUGGAGCUCAACUAUCAGGAAGUAACACCUACAGAUACGACCUCGUUGACCUGACAAGACAGGCUUUGGCAAAGUACGCAAACCAACUGUUUCUAGAGGUCAUCGAAUCUUACAAAUUGAAAGACGCAGACACACUUGAGUUCCUCAGUCAGAGGUUUCUUGAGCUUGUUUACGAUAUGGACACACUUUUAGCUUGCCACGAGGGAUUUCUACUAGGCCCGUGGUUGGAGAGUGCAAAACAACUGGCGCAAGACAGAGAACAAGAAAAACAGUUCGAGUGGAAUGCAAGGACUCAAAUAACCAUGUGGUUCGAUAACACAGAGGAAGAAGCCAGCCUGCUUCGUGACUAUGGAAACAAGUACUGGAGUGGACUUUUACGCGAUUAUUAUGGCCCGAGAGCAGCAAUCUAUUUCAAAUAUCUGCGAGAGAGUCUGCAGAAGGGUACUGGUUUCGACUUAACCAGCUGGAGGAGGGACUGGGUGAAGCUCACAAACGAUUGGCAGAAAAGUCGAAAAUUGUUCCCUGUUAAGGCCAUCGGCAAUGCCCUCAACACAUCUACCUGGCUAUAUCACAAAUACUUGCGUGAUCCUGAAACAGAGACCUUCGAUCACUAGCUCUACUUUUAUGUGCAUCAGAGUGUGAUCAUAAACAAGACUAGUCAAACAUUGGAAUGCAUUUUAAAAUACAAGUGUAAAGUUAUCAAUUAUUAAACAAGCAAAGAAAUCGAGUAAUAAGAAAUAAGUUGGGAAAAAAUUACGUCAUUACUAAC